GCAUAGACAGACAGAAAGAGGCGGUGUAUAUCUUCUCCUCUUCUUUGUCCCUCCUCUCCUCCACCAUAGUAGCCUACUCCUCACGCCGCAGUCAGUCUCUCCUCGCAUCCCGCUGCAAACAGGAUGACUCACAACAACCUUCACUUCACCCUCACCUUCAUUUAACCCAGCCAGUGUGUAUCCACACACACUGCGCACCAUUUCUACAUCAUUUCCCCGCUGAAACAGCAGCAGCAUGAUGCCCGACACGGCGGCGGCCGCUGCUGCAUCAUCGGCGAGCAACAUCAGCAGCAGCAGCAGCGACAGCGAGAGCUCGCGGCACAGACACCGAGCGCAGGGAGACGCGGAGCGGACAGAGCAGCAGCAGCAGCAGCACAGCGCUGCCACUCAGUCCACAUCAGCGGGCGUUUUGGAUAAGCUAUUUGGAAAGCGGCUGCUGCAGGCCGGGAGACACAUCAUGUCCCAUAAAUCCUGGAUGAAGACGGUGCCCACAGAGAACUGUGAUGUCCUUAUGACGUUUCCAGACACCACAGAUGACCACACGCUGCUCUGGCUUCUGAACCACAUACGGCUCGGCAUCCCAGAACUCAUUAUCCAGAUCCGACAUCACAAACACACCAGAAUGUACGCCUUCUUCGUCACGGCCACAUACGAAAAUCUUUUACGAGGGGCUGAAGAGAUGGGACUGCAGAAAGCUGUGAAGCCGGAGUUUGGUGGCGGGUCUCGCAGUUUCUCCUGUGAGGAAGAUUACAUCUACGACAACAUUGAGAGCGAACUCUGUUUCUUCACUUCACAGGAACGUCAAAGCAUAAUCAAAUACUGGCUGGACAAUCUCAGAGCUAAACAUGGGGAGGCCCUUCACAACAUCCACUUCCUGGAAGGGCAGCCAAUCAUUCCUGAGCUGAGGGCACGAGGUGUGAUCCAGCAAGUCUUCCCGCUUCAUGAGCAAAGGAUUCUGGGACAGCUGAUGAAGUCAUGGGUGCAGGCCGUGUGUGAAAAACAGCCACUGGAUGAUAUUUGUGAUUAUUUUGGAGCGAAGAUUGCAAUGUACUUCGCCUGGCUGGGUUUCUACACCACUUCCAUGUUGUAUCCAGCUGUUAUUGGCUUUGUAUUGUGGAUGCUCACAGAAUCAGAUCAGACCAGCAGGGAUAUCUGUUGCGUGGUGUUUGCUCUCUUUAAUGUGGUGUGGGCCACAUUGUUCCUGGAGCGCUGGAAACGCAGAGGGGCAGAGCUCGCUUAUAAGUGGGGUACACUGGACACCCCAGCCGAGUCCCUGGAGGAGCCCAGACCUCAGUUCAGGGGUGUGAAGCGGUGCAGUCCAGUAACGGGCUGUGAAGAGUUUUAUUACCCUCCGUGGAGGAGGAGAGUGUUCAGAUGGCUGGUCAGCUUUCCUAUCUGUAUAUUAUGCCUUUGCUUUGUAUUUCUGGCCAUGCUGGUCUGCUUUGAGCUUCAGGAAUUUGUGAUGGGGAUUAAGGAGCUUCCACGAGUAGCACGAUUUAUCCCUAAAAUCAUGUUGGCCAUCACUGUGACGGCGUGUGAUGAGGUGUACAGAAAGAUCGCCUGCUGGCUAAAUGACAUGGAAAACUACAGACUCCAGAGUGCCUAUGAGAAAAAUCUCAUCAUUAAAAUGGUUCUUUUUCAGUUUGUAAAUUCUUAUCUCAGCCUUUUCUAUAUUGGAUUCUACCUCAAAGACAUGGAGCGUCUGAAAGAGAUGCUGGCCACACUGCUGAUUAUCCGGCAGUUUGUGCAAAACAUGAAGGAAGUCCUGCAGCCCUACCUGGCCGAGCGGCACCGAUUGGGUGAGCUCACGCUGCGGGCUGUUUGGGAGCUGCUGGUGUCUGCACUGCUCAAGUACGGGCGACUCGCAGCAGGGCGAGCGCAAGUCUCGCCCAGCGACCCCACUGUGCUCGGGUCAGGUCUGCGCGGCCCACAGAUGGGUGAGGAGGGCCCCCAAGAGAGGCGAGAACGCAAGUGUCUCAAUGGAGGCUGUGGCGUCCCGGACGAGGAUGUGGAGGAGGAGCCUGGGGAGAGGCACAGCGAAGAAGAGAACGAAUCAGAGAGCCUCAUUGACUGCGGCCUGAAGCUGCGAAAGGUCAGCUUCAUUGAGAAGGUGGAGCGCAAGUCCGCAAGCUCCGUCAGCCCAGUGGAUGAUAGCUUCCUGGAGGAGGGGAGCCCCACCAUGGUGGAGAGGGGCAUGGAUCCUGCCUCGGUUUUUGAGAUGUGCGAUGAUGAUGAUGAAAAUGGGGUUCCGGAGAUGAAGGAACUGACAGCAGAGCCGCUGCCAGCAGGAUUGGAGAACAGCACGUCAAUCAGGCUCAGGAAGAGGGGGCGGAGCUUAGAGAGGGCUGACAGUAAGACGAAGAGAGAUUCAUGGAUGGAUCCUCCUGAAGAGCAAGAAACCGCUACGCUGACACAGGCCGAGAUUGAGAGCUGCAUGCAAACGAACCAGGACACAUUUCAGGACUACCAGGAGAUGUUUGUCCAGUUUGGAUAUGUGGUGCUCUUUUCCUCUGCCUUUCCAUUGGCCGCCAUGUGUGCCCUCAUCAACAAUAUCAUUGAGAUCCGGAGUGACGCGUUUAAACUGUGCACCAGCCUUCAGAGACCUUUCGGCUUGAGGGUGGGGAGCAUCGGACAAUGGCAGACAGUGAUGGAAGCCAUGGGUCUGAUUGCCAUCAUAGUGAACUGCUAUCUGAUUGGUCAGUGUGGGCAGCUACAGAGACUGUUUCCCUGGCUUAGUCCUGAGAUGGCCAUUAUCUCCAUUGUCAUCCUAGAGCACUUUGCAGUACUACUGAAGUAUAUAAUUCAUGUGGCAAUACCAGACAUCCCCAGCUGGGUGGGAGAGGAAAUGGCCAAGCUGGAGUUUCAGCGCAAAGAGGCAUUCAAGAAGCAUGAGCGUCAGGCACAGCAGCAUUACCAGCAGCAACAGAGGAGAAAGCGUGAGGAGGAGGAGCGGCAGCGCCAGGCGGAGUAUCAGGCCCGGCGUGAUCGAGACGACGGCCGCUCGGACUCCUCGGGAGGCGACCACCACCACGACAAGAGCCAAAGUGGCAAAUCCAGACCAGGGGGUGGGGGAAGCGCUUCCGGGGGGGAGAAACCCAAGCGACCCAGCUCACUCCUCGGUAACAACAAUGUCAUGAAACUGAAGCAGAUCAUCCCUCUGCAGAACAAGUUUUCUUCCGGCACGGCCCGUUCCCCACAGUCACCCACAGGUAGUGAACCCAAGCUACCGGGUUUUCUCAGUUUCAAGUUCCUGAAGUCUCCUGAGAACAAGAAAGAGACGGCAACAGCUUCCUCUAGUACGUCAACAGUUCCUCCAGUCCAGGAGAGGGCAGAGAGGUCCCAAUCACCCAACAAGUCCUUCAAUCCUGGGAAACUCUUUAACUUUGGGAAAUCAGAAGGAGGGGCAUGUGUAAACGGGGCUCAACCUUCAAAACCAGGGGAUGGGGGACAGAUGCACGACAAGCCCCCCAAUAAGUCCGACCUCAACGGGGUUCCGGACGAAAUCCCAUCCCCUUGUAGAGAGAAUGAGGAGAAUGGAUCCUCAUCCGAUGCUGAUCCUUCAGGUCCUAAGAUGUAACAAGAAAAUGAUCUCCGUUAAAAAACAGUGUGAGAAACUACUUAGUAACACUGAGGGAGGGAGAGUGGGAAGGGGAAGGUCCUCUUCUGGUUUUUGAGGCUGUGUAAGGGGCUGUUUACACGACACCGUUUUAACUAAAAACAAAACUUUUUAUGCGUGUUGGUCGUUCAUUUACACGACAAUGACGUGUAAACGGGUUUCAAAGUGCAAGUUUUUGAAAACGAUACCAUUAUCGUCUCUGUGUAAACUACAAAAACGCGAAUCUGUGAAAAAGGUGACGUCAUGCGCAUGGCAUGCGUGUUACUUGUUCAGUCUAAAGGUGCGUAGUGUUUCUUUACAAAGUAACAUCGCCACCUACUGGCCUGGCAGCAUAAUACAGCGUUUUUAGUCGUCUCUGCGGAUCCGUGUGAACAGGGAUCAUUGUUAUCUGUACACGAAAAGCACGAAGGAUAAACUUUUUCGUUUUUAGUACAUCGUGGUCGUGUAAACGUACCCUAAGACUUGACCUGGAAGCUGUUAAGUAAAAUAUAUAAGGGGGAAUUCACUAAAGGUCCGGGUAUACUAUAUUUUCCGUGUUCCGCUCCUCCUAACGCACAAUGGAGUGCGCAAGCACUUAAAAGUGUACUCUAUUGACUAGGUAGCGCAGAUGGAUGUGUUCUGCGCUACUUAGUGGACUUUUCUUUUUGAAAAUCUCUCACACAUGCACUGUUGUACAUGCACAAGUCCACGUGGACACAAAAAUUGGGCUGCAAGUAUGGUGUGCACAGACAUCAGCGGACUGUGCUCAUGAUGAAAAUUGCGUAAUGCUGACUUGUCUGCAAGCCGGAGCGGAACACGGACUAAAGAAGUUUACUUUCGGCUUUAGAAUAUAUUGCGCCCACAAAUUAGCGUUGUGUGUUUGCACGUGUUGUCCGCGUUGUUUUAGCACCCGAUUCACUUAUGUAAGCGAAUCAGGUAAUGGUUGCCACGAAAGUACUUGCGCCUUAUUUCCAGACAAUAGCUUAGAGACAGCGGCUGGUACAAUUUUCACAGCAGGAACUUUUUAAAACUGUCAGAAAAUAUUUGCUUGCUACAAUUACUACUGGAAAAUGCACACAAACAUCCAUUUUAAAAUAAAAUGUUUUCUGUCAGCGCCUCAUUUGGAUGGAAGGUGAGCUGACGAUGAAAGAAUGACAAUGACAUCAUUUAAAUACGCAUGCCACUGUGCUAUAUUGGCGCAUAUAAGUUGGAUUGCAGCUGGUAAACAAGACGCACGGUUUUGUGCCACACGCUACAGUGGUGCAACUGUUUAGUGAAUUCGCCCCAUAAUGGUUAAUGCUUUGCUACAUUUCAGAAGAACUCCAUAGAAAAGACCCCCUCCAGACACAUGCACACUUAAUCACACACACAUUGCCUUUUCUGCAACCCAAAUAGGAAUGCAUGAGCUGCGUUUCUGACGGUUUUUAAAGUGCAAUGUUUAAUUACUAGUUUGAUAAUUGUAACAUUUUAUUGGGUUGCCAGUAGAAAAAAAAAAAGUUUUUACCAAUCACACAGUAUGACCUCCAUAAUAUCAUAACAAUAAUCACUCAAUAAGCAGCAGUUCCAACUAUGGGUGAUUUUAGGCCUGAAAACUUUUGUAUGUGUUUAAAACAGCUGGUUUAGUAGAGCAAUAGCAACUUUACAAGCAAAAACAACUGGAGGUUUAGUAAGUCCAUACCGAAUAAUAGGCCCCGAAUGGCAAUAUUUUCGUGUUAAUUAAUAAGAUAAAAAAUCAAUAAUGAAAAGUGCAAGAGACAAAUGCGAAGGGGUCUGUGAUGUCGAUUACUUAUUUGUUUGAAAUUCAUAUAUCCAUUUCACACUAUUGUGAAGCAUUGUACACAGAGGCCAGAUAGAUACCCAUCAUAAAAAUGUGUGUCAUCUCCUGAAUUUGACAGCCAUCACAUUGCAUUGCCACCAAUAUUCUUAUCAUUAUAGCUCUGUUUUGAACCUUCAAGCUGAUAUGUUACCUACAGAGCAGACUUCAACCCCUCUUAACUACACCACAUCAGAUUGAAAAGUACUCUAAACUGUGAGCAAGAUAGUGUUAAAAACAACUUGAGACAGCUGUGCAUUUGACAGAUGUGCAGACAUUUCAUCCACCUCCAGUCAAAACCUUAGUUUUGCAGACACAUUUCACAAAACUAAAAUUUGAAUUGAAAGAAGCUCAAAUAUAAAAUCACUACAUAAUUCCCAUACUUCAUUUGUAUUAUUUCAUAGUUUUGAUGGCUUUCCUAUUAUUCUAAAAUUUGGAAAUUAGUAAUAAUGAGUUGGUAUUUCCAAAUCUUUCACUGGUAUUAUGAUAAUGCUUUAAUAAUUAAAUAUUAAUUAUCCUGCAAGCCAAUGUAAGCAGUACCAUGCCUCAUUACAUACGAAAAUGCUCGAAUUUAUUUUUUAUUAUUACACCACUGAAAUAAUAUAGUCACUUUUUUACUCCAAUUUAAUAUUCAGCAUUUGUUACCAUUCAUGUGUACCUUUUUAUAUAAUUGUUUCAUUUUUUACUGAAGCAAAACUAAUAUUUGCCUCCUCUUUGCACAUUAUUUUAGUGUAAGACACGUUAUUUUAGUGUAAUGCUGCUAAGCACGUGCUUCGGUUUGGAAAUGUGAAGGAAGACGUAAUAGUUUCUCAAACAAACCGUCUCUGUCUUUAGAGGCGGUUUGAAUGUGUGUUUUUGAAAGAACUUCUUUGAAUUACUAAGUUUGUCCUGAGCAACUAAGGGAGGGUCUUAUCUUAACACAAUGUGCUCAGUUGUUGCUAUCAAAAACCCAUUACACAAGUCACGGUGUCACACCCUAUGAAGGGUUUCUGUGAAGCAGUGGAAUCUGUGUAUGAGCUUAUAUUCCAGUGUAAGGUCAUGAAGAAACAAGAGGUGCCUCAAGUAAUGGAUUAUUAAAUUUUUACUUUUUAGUUUCAUAGAAAACAAAAAACAAGCUAUGCAUUUGUUCUUUAUUUGGUUGACAGGAUUUGCUGAGCAGACAUUGUUGCAAUAAUAUUUUGGCCUGAAUGGUGAUUUGAAUCUGUUUUAUGUUUAGUACAUGUUCAUUUAUUUCAUCUCAUCGACAAAUUCAUUCAUUACUACAACAACCUGGCCUGACACAGCAAUAUACUUCCUUUGGGUCUUGAAAUGUUAGUUAUAUUACCACAACUACUAAUACACACUCAAUAAUUUUAAUUGUAAGAUGCAAUUUGUUAUGUGAAAAGGUUGGAUAUGUUAAAUAUUUAAAAGUCACUGAGGCUCCUGACUGAUGGGCUGUCAAAAAUUGGUGAAUAAUUUGUUAGCAAGAGGCAUUUUUGUUUUUUUGUUGCUUUCUUUUUGACCUGAACUCUGCAAUAUGAUAGAUCAACUGUGAGGCUGCUGUAAUGUUUUGUCAUCCCUGUAUCAUCCGUCCACAUCAUAUGGUUAAUGUAGUCAGACCGUCGGCUCUGGCAUAAAAACAUUUACGUUUCCGUUAUUGUUGUUUAAUUGAAAGAUGUGAAUAGUUAAGCUGCCGAUAGCUGGAAGCAUUACGAGGAUGCAUAGGUUUGUCGUGUAAGAACUGCUUUACAUUCGGUCUAACUGUGAAAUAUGAACUGAUUGUGAUGAGGGGGCCACAGAAUUCCCUCUCUGAAGGCAACCUCACAAACCUAUCAUGAGCUCUUCCAAUGUUCCACUGUAAAACUUUUCUUUAUUAAAGAAGGGAAUGGGAUUAUUUAUUUCUUUUAUUUUGUCAUAUUUUUGUAAGAAUUGAAAUGGGAUAAUAAAAAGAUUUAAAUUUA